CUCACUUUCGGUGUCGCCGUGGAUUGUGUCUAUUUGAGAGCCGCUGUCGAUUUUGGAGAAUAUUGUUGUUGACCAUUGUGCCCGUGCCUGUCCGUAUUUUGGGUUUCUUAAUAGGCGUGGGGGGGUACCCUCCCGACGGGGGUCAACCUCGCCUCGUCGUCGCGCCGCGACGGGGGUCGGAGCGCCUUCGGCGCGACAUGGCUGCCCGCGACGGGCGUCGAUGUGGAGCUGUCGGCAAGCCCCCCCGACGGUUAUUCAGAAACUCGGAGUACCCAUUUCGGGCGUCCACAAGAGGCAGGCCAGGGAGAGCGGGGCCAGCCUCGUCACGGAGGAGCUGCGGGCUCCUGCGAGCGACCCGUGCAGCUAUCGCCGAGGAAGGCGAAGGCGGUACAGACAUAAAUGUUCGAAGCUCCGCGCGGAUUUCGUGGAUCGGCGCUGUGGCCCCCCUGGCAGCGCCUCCGGCGCCGAACCUGGCGCGCGGAGCGCGCCAGGGAGGAGAGCCGAUCCGCGCGGAGCUCCGAAAGUUGAUGUUUAUGUUGUUGUUUCUUCCUCAAAUAUCGGGUGCUCGAGCUGGCGAACGGGCUCCAGGUGCUGCUGGCAUCCGACCCUACCGCGGACGCGGCCGGAGCCGCGCUGUGCGUUCGUGCCGGAACUUUCCAGGACCCCGACUCCACGCCUGGGCUGGCGCACUUCCACGAGCACAUGCUCUUCCUAGGCACAGAGAAGUACCCGAAGGACGGCGAGUACCAAAAGUAUUUAGGGGAGCAUGGUGGCAGCUCGAACGCUUUCACACUGCCCGAAUAUACCACGUACUAUUUCCAGGUUGCUUCCGCUCAUCUGGGUGGCGCCUUGGACCGCUUCUCACAGUUCUUUGUCGCGCCGACGUUCGACCCGUCUUGUGUGCAGCGCGAGAUGAACGCUGUGGAUUCAGAAAGCACUAACUAUUCCACAGAGGACAACUGGCGGUUUCUGCAGGUGCUGAAGAAGACUGCCUCCGAAAAGCAUCCGUUUUACAGGUUCGACGUCGGUAAUCUGAAAACUUUGAACAAGACAACGCGCGAUGACCUGAUCAGUUGGAACCAGCAGUUCUACCAGGCCGGUGCGAUGAGGCUCGCCAUUGUCGGGAAGGAUUCCUUGGAUGACCUCGAGCAGCUCACUGUGGAGCAGUUUGGCGCUGUGCGCAAGGGCACUGGAGAGACAGUCGACCCGAAGCAGUCGCUGCCUUGGCCCGAGUCCAGGCUCGGCCGCAUCUACUCCUGCGUUCCUCUGAAAGAGUCAAGAUCUAUCUCGGUCGCUUGGCCGCUGCCCCCCGCCGACGAGCACUUGUUUCGCAAGCCAGAGCUAUACAUCUCGCACGUCUUGGGACAUGAGGGCCCAGGCAGCCUGCACGAUGUGCUCAGUGAGAGAGGCUGGGUCGACCAACUGUCCGCUGGCCCGUCGCAGUCUUUCACUGAUUCUCAGCUGUUCGCUGUCAAUGUCAGUCUUACUCCAGAGGGAGAUGCCAACCGGGAAGAGGUGCUGAGUCUUCUCUUCCAGUACGUGGAGCUGUUGAAACAAACAGGGCCACAGGAGGCGAUAUUCCGCGAGCUCGUUGCAUUGCAGGAGAUAGCAUUCGCGCACAAGGAGGACAGUCCAACCCCAGACAGCUUGGCAACGUCAGCUGCCAUGGCACUGCACAAAUACCCUCCGCAUGAGGUCAUCCGCGGUCCUUACGCCAUGGACGAGUGGAAGCCAGAGUUGAUACGGGAAUAUCUGUCCACGCUACGUGUCGACAACUGCCUUGUUUUCUUGGCCAGCUCCACAUUCAAGGAUGAGGUCCAGACCGACAUCGGCUUGGCCGACGGGUGGAAGUUGGAGGAGUGGUACCGGGCUCCAUUCAAGGAGGAGAGAAUCGACGAAGCCAGGCGGAAGCUGUGGGAGACGAGUCCGGAGGAGGGCUCCGGCCUGAACAUGCCUGAGCCCAACCUCUUCAUCCCCCAGGAUUUCACUCUGCGGGGCGCGGCCCACGACGCCGGCAGCAAGCUGCCGAUGGAGGCGACGCCGCCCCGGCCGCUCCAGAGCUCGCCGCUGACGCGGCUCUGGCACAAGAUGGACACCACGUAUAAGACCCCCCGCGAGUACGUGUUGGCUCAGAUCCACAUGCUUGCCUACGAGGCGGGGCCGCAGGUGGUCUGCAUGAUGCGCCUGUUCUGCGGCAUCGUGUACGACGACCUCAACAGCUUCUCGUACGCGGCCAGCGUGGCGGGCCUCACCUACUCCGUCGACUUCUCGGACAGCCUGUCCCUCUCGGUGAGCGGGUUCAACGACAAGCUGCCGGAGCUUCUGCAGGUGGUGCUGGCCAGGAUGGAGGAGAUUAUCGCCGUGGCGGCUCUGGCUGAGGACGCCCCCGGUGACGUGGACAGCGGGCGAGCAGACGAGAUUCUCCAGAUGCUCGACAUCCAGAGGCAGCUCCUGCUGCAGGACUACUCCAACUUCGUGGUAGAGGAGCCCUGGUCGGUAGGCAGCUACUAUGUGUCCCAGAUCAUGCUGCCAGGCACGUGGCACCUGCUGGAUUACAUCGCCGUUCUUGAGCAGCCGCCGUCGCUGAGAGCGCUGGCGGACGGUGUGCAAAAAGCGCUCUCCAAGGUGCAGAUCGAGAUUCUCGUGCACGGGAAUGCCUCGGCCGAGGAGGCGGGUCUCGCCGCAGAUGCGAUCAGUGGUGCGUUCGGAUCGAUGGGUGCCUCUCUUCUCCCAGAGCUUCCGCGCAGGAAGGUCACGAAGUUGCCUGCAGGUGUGACCACGAUCUUCGAGUUCGAUCUCGCGGCUGAGAACUCGGCACAGGAGAACUGCUGUACGCAGGCCAUCUACCAGGUCGGCAAUGGUUGCGAGGACUUCAAGCGUGACGCUUGCCUCGCGUUCGCGUGCCAGGUGGCCACUACGUCCGCGUAUCAGCAGUUGCGAACCGAGGAGCAGCUCGGGUACAUCGUACAGGCGGGCUGGUGGUCGGAGGCGCACGUUUUGGGCUUCAGCGUCCUUGUUCAGGGCACACGGCUGCCUCCGCCCGAGAUCGACGCGCGCAUCGAGAGUUGGAUGUCGAGUUUUGGGCGCGAGCUGGCCGAAAUGUCGGACGAUGAUUUCUCUCAGAUCGUACAGGGCAUGAUAAGCGAACGCACGCAGCGGUGCGCGCGCCUGUCGCAGGAGACGUCCAUACACUGGGCGGAGAUACAGCCGCGAAGGUACCAGUUCGACAACCUCCAGCGCAGCGUGCAGGCACUGGAGUCAAUGACACGGGCCGACGUCCUGGAAUUCUUUGACCAGUACCUCGCGGCGGGCUCCCCGCAGCGCCGCAAGCUGAGCAUGCGGGUGUUGGGCACGUCUGCGGGCGCCAGCAGGAGUGAGCCUGACGCUGAUGGCGGCAAGGUGCUGACUAGUCUGGAGGAUUUCAGGAGUUUCAGAGAGUCCUCGGAAGUCUUCCUCGCGCCAGCUCCACAGGAGGUGCCAGCAGCCUAAGGCUGUCAGAGCGGUAGUAUUUCGGGCAGCGGCUUUGAGGAGUUUCAGAGAGUCCUCGGAGGUCUUCCUCGCGCCAGCUCCACAGGAGGUGCCAGCAGCCUAGGGCUGCCAGAGCAGUAGUCUUCCGAGCAGAGGCAACUCAAGCGCGGGUGUUGGCGAAGAGAAGAUGGUCCGUGAGAUGCCGCUCUGAAACAAUACGAUGCGGAUGGCUGGCUGGGAGGUUCCAUGCACUUGUUUCCGAGCACGAGCAGCUGGGCGCUCAGACGCCCAGCCGAUGUAGCAGCUGAGCGUUAUACCCCCCUCUGGGGCGUUGAUAGGAGGGAUUGGCCCAAGGGAGAAGAUAUAGGCACCAGACGUGCAACGCCU